GUGUUUAUUACAAUUUAUUUCUUAAUACAGUUGCUCGUUAAUCUGUGAAAUGUUUCAAUAAAUGAACUAUUUUUGUGUUAUAACCGUAAUGUCUAUUUAAAAAGUUUUGUGUUCAAAUCUUCGUGGAUUUUGUUGCUUUUUUUCCUGCAUGCUACAAAAUAGGGUGUAAUGCGAUUAACAAUAGUGUCUAUGGCUUAAAAGUGAGACGGACGACGAGAAGGACAGGCAGAAGAACGGAAAGACAAAAACGUAGACAUACCGCACCAACGAACCAUUACUUCACCCCCUUUACAAGGCUCUAACAAAAGUAUGAGGGUAAAUACAAUUACAACCAUCGAAGAUCUCAUUCACCAUUUACGUAACAUUAAAAGCCCUAAAGAGGCUUAUGAAGUUUUGAAGCGGUGUAAACUUCCAAGGAAAGAAUGGCUUCCUUAUGCAUAUUAUCAACCUGAGUCAAAGUACAGCAGAAAUCUCAUACAUCUAGAAGACAAUCUAUUUGAACUCUUCCUAAUAUGUUGGGCACCAGGUCAGGGGAAUGAACCCCACAGGCACUGUGGCUCAUAUUGUUUCUUUCAGGUUUUACAAGGAGAACUUUGUGAAACCUUAUAUCAAUUUGAUAAAGAAACCUCAAACGAUGUUUAUAAAGUUGGAAAAGUUAGUCAAGGAAUUAUACCAGUAGGCACACUAAAGAAAUCCGAAAGUCAUAAAGUGAUAAAUAAUCAUUUUUCAUCCUGGGCUGUAUCGCUUCACGUUUACCUAAAACCUACAGAUAAGAAUAAAUGUGUUCGUAACGAAGAAACAAUAGAGCUGACGUAUGUAUCUGAAUACCGCAAACUGCUCGUUUCUUCUGCGCUGCUACUAAGGUGGGCAAGUACAAUUGAAACUAUCGAUGACCUUAUUGAUCAUCUACAAACUAUUGAAGAAGCAAGAGAUGCCCAUGAACUUUUGGAAAGAUGCAACAUUCCAAUAAAAGAAUGGAUUCCAUAUGCAUUUUAUAAACCAAGUUUAAAUUUCAGCAGAAAUCUCAUACAUGAAGAAGUCAAUGGAUUUGAACUCUUACUGAUAUGUUGGAAGCCUGGUCAAGGGAAUCAACGCCACAACCACUGCGGCUCGUAUUGUUUCAUGCAUGUUUUACAUGGAGAACUACGUGAAAUUUUAUAUCGAGCUAAAGAUUCCUCAAAAGGAGACGAAAAUGUGUACAGAGCUGGGAAAGUAAGCUGGGGAGUUGUUGCAAAAGAAUCCGAAUGGCAUGAAGUUAAAAAUAAUAAUUCUUCAUCCUGGGCUGUAUCACUUCACGUUUAUGUAAAACCUAUAAAGGAAAAUAAAGUUCCAAGUGAAAAUGAACCAAUCAAGUUGGAAUAUGUAUCCCUAUACAGCAAACCGAAUAGCCCAGAAUGUUUGCCACUGAACAACGACCGUGGUUUUCAACGGGAUUGUGCGCAGAAAUACCAUCGUUUGCGUGAGUCUGAUGAAUCUAGUAACGACGUACAGAGGAUUAAAAAAGACAUUCCUACCAGAGAAAAAUUAUUCUUGAUUAUGGCUGUAAUAUCACUUGGAAUGGCUCUUGUUGCACUGAUACUUGUGUCACUGACCAUCAGCAAUAUAAAUAAACAAGAGAAUAUGGUCUCAUCAAAGUCAAGAUUUGAAAAGAUCUGUUUAAAUUGUUCAUUACUGUCUUUGCCAACUGGAGAUACUAAAGAAAGAAGGAUAAUAAUCACAGAUAUAAAUGGUUUCAAAGACCAGUGCUGUGCUGAAAAUGAGCUGGAGUUAUCCAUCCUCUUGGAUCUGAUUUCGAAUGUAAGCAAAUUACAAACAGAUGCAGACAUUUCCAUUUUGGAAAAAGGAAAAUUGCCAAUAUCUGCUCACAAAAGUUGUAUGCAGACUAAUGAACCAGGUCAAGAUUCCAACGACACACACAUUGUGUUAAACGUUGACCCACUGUAUAAUGACCCAGCUAUAGAACACAACAGUGGAGUGGACUUAGUACCGGAUGGUUUAAAAAUCAUUUACACUGGAAUAUACUUCGUAUACAGUAGCAUUGAGUUUCAAAAUGCUCAGACUGUAUCUGUCAACUCAACCCACUACCACUAUAUACAUAGAAUCAGUCCUGGAAAUCCAAGUUUGUCUGGUGUUCUUUUAAGAAUGGUUCUAUCUGUCGAUAAAAGUUCUUCACCAAUUCGAGAAACAACAUAUGCAGGAGGUGUUUUUUAUUUACAGAGUGGUGACCUGAUUCAGAUUUGUUUAUCAUCUCCAACCAAAAUCAAUAAAAACUCUUCAUCCUUCAUUGGUUUAAUAUUACUGUCAACUAAUUAAUUCUAUUUUCUAUUCUCAUAUUUUUUUGUUUUAUAGUUAGUAGGUAAACAUUUUCUAUAUAUUAUCUGAAGAAGAGAUAUAUGUAAUAUUUAUUUAUAAAUGCAAAAAGCUUUAGUUAAUCUUAAAUUUAAACUAUAUCCUCGCGUUGUAUUUAAACACAUUUAUAUUUGCUAUAGUUUCUAUAUAAGUCACGUUGCUUUAAUGUAUAUAUCAGAUGUAAUAGCUAGUUUCUGUUUAUCUCAGUUUAUUUAUAAUAAUAAUAAUAAUAAUAAUACCCAUUAUUGUCGUAAGGAAAUUCGUCUUACAAUUUGUCCAUUGGGUGGUAUAUUAUCAAAUUGGUUGAUACAUAGUAAGGAUAUAUACUUUCAAAUAGUAGAUUAUUAUUUUAUCUUUAUGUUAAUGUUGUUUUUUAUAUUAUUAUUAUUAUCUUAUAUUUUUUAUUUUAAAGAAUUUACUUAUAGUCCCAUUGUGACAAGAAAGAUAAUAAAUGUACUUACUUUUAAUGUCAAAAAGACUUAUUUCCCUUUAGUACAUUAUUUAAAUCUCUGUUGACUGUGUAUAAUUGCCACUAUCUCCUGAAUCCUUGGGCUGACCUGUGUACAUUAUUUUGAACGAAAUCUAUGUAAUGUUGAUAUAAUUUUGUUGUUGUUGUGAUCUGACCUGUAAUGAAAAGGUGUUUUUUCUAUAACGAGCUAAAUAGAUUUUAUACAUUUUAUUAAUAAGUUGGUUACUGUCAAUAUAUCUACUUAGUCUCUAGUUCUAAAGAGAUCAUCACUUGUGUUUCUUUUUUUAUUAUACCCCAAAGACCAGAUUAUUGUUGAGUGGUAUUUAAAGACAAAGUUUUGUUAUUGACACGAGACAUUAGAGUGUGUCAGUGAUAAUGGUCAUGUGAUUUUUUUUUUACCUGUAUCUGUCCUACUAUUUUGAAUUUGUAUUAUUUUAUUUUUUGGCCAAGGGACAAACGGCCUUUAUUUCCGUAUUUAUUUAUGAUAUUUCGUAUUUGUUUGUUUGUUUGUAAAUAAACUCCUUAUUAUUUAUUAUUUGUUUAA